GUAGAAACAUCAGUGGUGUACCACACCCUUUUGGCCAUCCCCACCGCUCUGGUAGGCAUGAGCAUUCUCUUGCUGGCAAGCCUCCAUUUAAGCCUGAUGAAUUUAGAGAUCACCAUCAUCCCCACAAACCACAUAAAUUUGAAUGCCCACCUCUUCUAGAAGACAGACCACCAUUUCAGGCAGGAGCUCCUCCUGUAUUGCCCCCUCCAGGGUCAAGAUGUCAUCACCCCCAUUUUGGCACCAGUGGGACCCAUGGACACCCUCAUAAUCAUAGUUCCAGUGAGCACCACCCCCAUAGACCCCCUCAUCAUGGAUUCCCUCAUCAUGGACCCCCUCCUCAAGAACCCCCUCCUCACGGGCCCCCUUCUCACGGGCCCCCUCCUCAUGGACCCCCUCCUCACGGGCAUCAUCACCAUGGCCACCAUCCCCAUGGCCACCAUCCCCAUGGCCACCAUCCCCAUAGGCAUCAUCCCCGUGGACACCAUCCCCACGGACACCAUCCCCAUGGCCACGAUUUCCUUGACCAUGGGCCUUGUGACUCACCACCCCAUAGCCAGGGUCGCCGGGCACAUGGCCCACCAUCUAGGCACUCAAAAGUAAGAGGUCCAGGUAAAAGACCCUUUCGCUUCCACUGGAGACAAAUCGGAUAUGUUUACCAGCUCCCUCCACUAAAGGAAGGUGAAGUUCUUCCUUUUCCCGAAGCCAAUUUUCCCAGCUUCUCAUUGCCAGGCGACAACAAUCCUCUAAAGCCAGAAAUUCAGCCCUUCCCUCAAUCAGUUUCUGAAUCAUGCCCAGGGACAUUUAAGAGUGAGUUUUCACAUGUCUUGAAGUUUUUUGCAUACUUGCUUCCAAAAUAAAAUCUGAUUUCCUCGAUGGGGUAAAAUUUUAAUAUUCUGACUUAAACCAUAAAUAAAAU